AUGGCUGAAGACCGGGAGGCGUUGCUUCGCAGGCACACGAAGGAGUCGAAGGACUUGGAGAACAGGAUCAGCUCCAUGAAAUUCGGAAUGAAGAAGACAACCAGGCGGCAGCUCAACGACAGAUGCAACUCAUUGCGUUCCGAACUCGCUGAAAGACAUACUGCUGAGUUGCGCCAUCUGGACGGGGAGGCGGAUGCUGAUGUGGAUGUCGUCACGCCCGAGAUGCUGUUGGCGCAGUUGGAUCUCGCUGGUGACGGUGCUGGUUCAGACAAACCGCAAACUGGCGACGUCAGUCCAGGGCUGGGGACGGGCAGGAAGAGGAGAAACAGACAGAAGGAGAAACUGGCAAGGAGGCAGGAGGAGAUAGAGCGGAUCAAGGCGGAAGCAAGGGCAGAGGCCGUCGAGGUUCCGGAUUACCAAGCACAGGAGAAAAGGCUCAUCGAUGGUUUCUUGCAACAGAACGGUUUCGUGGAGUCGGAGGUGAAACCAGACGGCCAUUGUCUAUUCGCAUCUGUUCUUGAUCAGUUGCGCGUUCUCGACCUGGUGGUCCCGGAGGUGAGUGCUUCCGUGCAACAACUGAGGUCCGUCGCUUGUCGCUACAUCCAAGCAAAUAAAGAUAAUUUUAUCCCGUUCAUGUUCGAUGAACGCACAGGCGAAUUGAAUGACAUAGAUGAGUACGUCAGGGAAAUGGAAAGCACCGCUAAAUGGGGCGGGGAAUUGGAACUGCUGGCUUUGUCGAAAUCGUUGAAUGUAACAAUAAACGUCCUCGUCAGCGACUUGUCCUCGAAUUCAACUAGAUUCCAGAAAUAUAACGAUGCGCAAGAUCCAGCAACGGACACUAGGGACAUUUAUAUAGUCUACUACAAAUACAACUACACGCUGGGUGAACAUUAUAACUCACUACAUAGCACUGUAUAG